GGAACUCACCCCGAGGUCACCAUCCACUCCGUUCUUGUCGCCGACCACCCCAUCCACUCCGCUUGAAAGCGCCAAAGCCAUCUCGGCCCAUCUCUUUACGACAAGAGACAUUUGCCCCACAGCACCACCCUUCGUCACAUCCUCCCUCCACGUCCCCGCUUUGGGAUCACAUCACGAUGCUCGUCCUCACCGAGACGCCCAUUGGCUUCGCCGUCUUCAAGCUCGGCAACGACUACAAGCUCGACAACAAGGACCUGUGGAAGGAGUUUGAGAGCCCAGAGAAGGCCAACAAGGCGCUCAAGCUGCAGGCCCUGCAGCGCUUCACUUCGACCGCCUCGGCAGUUGAGGACCUCGCCGCAAUCCAGGAUGGGCGCCUGACGGACACUCUCGAGAAGUUCAUCUCGGAGGCAGCCGCUGGCGGUGAGGACAAGAAGAAGAAGAAGAAGGUUGAAGAGAUGCUCAUCGUCUCGGAGCCCAAGCUCGCCGCAACCAUCACGAAGAGCCUCAAGAUUCCCGUUCUCUCUGACUCGACCACCCAGGACCUCUACCGUGGUAUCCGCCAGCAGCUUUCGUCGCUGCUCGGUGGGAUUGACCAGAAGGACCUGAACACCAUGGCUCUCGGUCUCGGCCACUCGCUCUCGCGCUUCAAGCUGAAGUUCUCCACCGACAAGGUCGACACCAUGGUCAUCCAGGCCAUUGCCCUCCUCGACGACCUCGACAAGGAGAUCAACAUCUACUCGAUGCGUGUCAAGGAGUGGUUCGGCUGGCACUUCCCCGAGAUGGGCAAGAUCAUCACCGACAACCUUGCGUACGCUCGCGUCGUGAAGGCCAUGGGCUUCCGCACCAACGCUGCCACCACCGACUUCUCUAUGAUCCUUCCCGAGGAGCUUGAGGCGAGCAUCAAGCAGGCCGCCGAGCUCUCUAUGGGUACCGAGAUCUCUGACACCGACAUGGCCCACAUCAACUCGCUCUGCGACCAGGUCAUCUCCAUCACCGAGUACCGCACCCAGCUGAGCGAGUACCUCAGCAACCGCAUGAAGGCGAUUGCGCCCAACCUUACUGCGCUCGUCGGCGAGCUCGUCGGCGCGCGCCUCAUCUCCCACGCCGGCUCGCUCAUGAACCUUGCCAAGUUCCCCGCCUCGACCGUCCAGAUCCUUGGUGCGGAGAAGGCCCUCUUCCGCGCCCUCAAGACCAAGCACGACACGCCCAAGUACGGCAUCAUUUACCACGCCUCGCUUGUCGGCCAGGCGCCCCAGAAGCUCAAGGGCAAGAUGGCGCGCAUGACCGCGACCAAGGCGUCGCUCUCCAUCCGUGUCGACGCCCUCUCGGAUGCCGACACCAAGAUGGACGUGCAGGCCGCCCAGAUCGGUAUUGAGAACCGCACGAAGCUCGAGUCGCGCCUGCGCGCCCUCGAGCACCGGGCCGGCAUCGCCUCGGUGCGCACCGCGACCUCGGGCUCUGGCCGCCAGCAGCCCAAGUUCGAGCUGACGGGCACAUCGGGGGGAUACAACGCCGCGACAGACGCUGUCAAGCCCAACGGCCUGCUCGCGACCGAGCCCGAGAAGGAGGAGAAGAAGGACAAGAAGAAGAAGCGGAAGAGCGAGGCGGCCGACGAGACGAUGGAGGUCGACCCGGAUGAGACGGUCGUGGUUGGCGAGACCAAGGAGGAGCGCAAGGCAAGGAAAGCGGCCAAGAAGGCCGCCAAGGAGGCCAAGGAGGACAAGAAGAAGCGCCGCGCGUCUGAAGCCGCGGACGGGGAUGGCGAGAAGAAGAAGAAGAAGAAGCGUGCCUCCGAGGCCGCCUAAUCGUCUCCCUCUACUCGCAUCUAUCUCUACCCAUCGCUUGUUGCUUGCAUUGUCACUGGAUAUCCGCUGCGCUGGGCAGCUGCUGUAUGCACAUUAUACCUUCCGCCGUUGGGACACGAGAUGGUGCUGCACUGCAGCGCCAUUGCCUUGCGCAGCUCUUGCGUCAUCGACAGUGCAAAGUUUGCUCCUGACUUUCUCUACAGUUUGCGUACGCGGGGAGGGCCGUUCCCAAAUUCUCGCCUCCACAUCAUAUAUCUAUAAGCUAGGCAUACAUUUGAACUCUACAGACAAUGAACGAGC